AUGUAUCCGGCCCCGGCAGAGGUUCCGGAGGUUACCGAUGCACCAGGCUACAGGCGCUACAGGUAUCGCGAGUUCGGUGAGGAAAACACAGCUGAAUUCGAUGAUGCGCACUUGGCAUGGAGUGGGUCGUUCGAGUCAACCACGUCGACGGCACACGGUGAGUACCAGGACCGUUUGCGAGCCAUCCAUCUUCGGAAGCAGGGCUGGUCAAAGACGGACAUUGCAAAAGAUAUUGGGCGCUCUGAACGGUUUGUAGCUCGUUGGUGGCAACUGGAGCCGCUGGCAGUGCCACGACCGCCGGGUGUUCACCAGUACUUGGCGCACACCAUGGCAGGCCAAAAGCAGGUCGACCGCACAGAGAUGUGGCGAGGCGUCGAAGUCGUGCGCGGUUUUUUCAAAGACACCAAAGGGCUUUACAACGAGGUUAUAUCUGGCUUUGCAAAUUGGAAGCAGUCCGCUUCGGAAACAAAAGACUUCAGGACGGCUUCCUACUUUCUGCGCUACGACCACGAGGGCAAAAUGAAGAUGAUGACGAUGAAAUCAGCUUCAUACCAGCGCUUCGUGGUCCCCAGGUUGGAUACUUUGGUGCAGAAGAUUCACGAAAAGGUCGGGGUUCAAGAUCCUGACCAUGGCGCAGGUAUGUACUGGUUUUCAGACGGCGAUGCAAGUGUAGGCAGCCACCGGCAUGUCUUCUGGAGCGCGAGGGUUGCGCUCGGUGCUGAGCGCAUCAUGAUGGUGGACAAGACCCCCAUCCUUAUGCAGGAAGGAGACCUGAUCAUCAUCGGCCCCCAGCGACAUGGCGUUCCGUCAAUGCCUGAAAUCAGCGAGGGCAGCCUUCGAAUUUCAGUUCCUUUCAAGCCCAACCGCGACAAAAGCAGCCUCAACCGUCAUCAAGCCCCGUCUCCACGGACCGCAGAUGCGCAACAAGAUGGGCGCCGCGAUGAUGAUGAUGAUGAUCAUCAUCAUCAACACCAUGAUGAAGACGAGGGAGAGCUUAAGCAGUGGUGGGAAGGAGAUGAGGACCAGGUGGGAGGUGGAGCAGACGUGGCUUCCAGCGUGCAGGUUCUGAUGGACAUGGGAUUUGAUGCGGAUGCUUCCCGCAGUGCUCUGCAGCUGUGUGGAGACGUCGAGCAAGCAAUCGAAGCUCUAACUAACAGUGGUCUCGCCGACAUGCUGACAAACAUGUCAGCUGCAGACGGGCGCAAUGAUGGCGGAUGCGACGAGAGUGAUGUGGACGUGGCUCUGGCAAGGAAACUGCAAAUGGAGGAGCUCCAGCAAGAAAGCCCAGAGCAACUCCAACAGCAAUUCGAGGAGUACGAAAAGUUGCUGGAAAUUGACGAUGCCGAAAAGGCAUGGGAUGGAUAUGGCGAUUUGAUGCACAACUCCUUCCGAAGGGCGAAUCUAAAUUUAGAUAUGCUCGGCGCCCAAACAUUAUACUCUCUCGGUGCCGCGGCGCAGACAGAAAAAGCAUUUUUCGAGUUGCUGUCCUUGCACUCCAUCCGAGUCGUGUAUGACUUUCGGCCCACCGACUAUCGUGACGAGGUCCGAUGCCAACAACCACAUUUUGAGAUCCGCGUGUUGAAGUCCAACUGCCGACAGCGUGGAAUUCACUAUCGCCAUGUUGCAGUAGGGCGGGAGACAGCAUGGGGCACGCUGAAGCACUUGCAAAGCGAUGAAGUUCAGCACAUCAUGGUUGAACUGGUGUGGCGAGCCAAGCACCAUGCGAGAACGGCGUUUCUGGGUCAGGAAGAGGAUUGGCGCGCGGAUGGCCGUUUGGCCAUUGCCGAAGAGCUUGUGAAGCAUGGCCAUGUGGUUCAGCAUGUCAGGUCAGAAGGAUCUUUGGAGAGGCACAUGGUUGGUAUGGAGAUGCCAGACUUCCUUCUCCAGGAGGAGGCUCGGUUGAGAAAAGUUCAUGCUCAACGGAAGGCAGGCGAGCUGCACAGGCCGGAAAAAUCUGCUGUGAACCGCAGCUUGGAAUCCGUGGCUCGGUCCUUGGCGACCGAAAAGAUCCAGGUCGAUGUUAGUGCGGAACUUCGUGACGCCGAGAAUCAGACGGACCUUGUGCGAGCACAGAAGCGCAUGGUGCGUCUUCAGGUAACGGAGAACAAGAAGGAAGCCGGACUAGGCAAGAAAGAGCUUGUGGCGGUGCCGGCGCACAUUGCCAGAGAGGCAGCCAGCGUCCGGGAGCAAGCAGAGGCGAAAAAGAUGGAUAAAUUAAAAAGCAAGGCAGCUGGGAGCACCGGGAGUGCCGGCAACAGCGCCUUGCAGGAACCUGGGUCUUCGGCAUCAAGUAGCUCGCAAGCCCGAGUUCAAACGGAAGCUUCAGUCGCUGCAAGUACAACUGAAGGCCAUGCCCCUAGCCACACGGACAUGCAGCCCGUGCGCCGAACGCGAUGGGGCCAAGCUAUAGAGUCUACUGAGUCCAGAGAGACGGAUGAUGUGGAGGUAGCGACCGCAGCGCAGAUCCCUGAUGCUCAGCCAAUCUCAGGAUCGUCCCGGAAGAGCCGUUGGGACAGACGGACAGCCACGUAG